AUGGAGAAGACGAAGGCGAAAUCAGGACCAACUCCUGGUACGGCAUCGUCGGUUCCACUUUCUAAGCAGAAGAAGCAACGAGUGAGGCGACAGACUAUUUAUCAUCACGAAACGGGAAGUGGAGAGCAUCUAGCGAUUUAUCCUGGCCACUCCAAGAGCGCGACGGACAGUGCUGAGGAUUAUAAGAGAUCCUUAUCGGAUGACUACAAGCGACGGGUGUACGAAGAAGCUGAAAGGAGGAAGGAGAAACUUCAGGAACAUGCCACAGAGGGUUACACCCCCGAGUUCUUUAUGUUUGCGUUAGUGUUUACUUCUAUUAUUAUUGCUCUACUUGUGAUCUACAUUGUGAGCGUUGAGGAUCGAACUUAUAUAGAAUUGCAUCAUCGAAUUGAGGAUUUACAUUAUGAAAGUAAACACAAGAUGGUCACAGUGAUGAGCGAGAUUCUCGACUGCUCCUUAUACAUGAAGCGCAGGUCGAUCAUUGGUGAUACUCCACAGAGCAUCAUUCGAUACGGUCAAAUGUGUAUUUCUUUGACGAUGCCUGACGUUGCUGCGGGAACGUACUCAAGUUACGCCAUGAUGAUGGUUUACUUGCAAUACCCAGAUGGACUGGCGCACAACUGGCUGCGUACACUUGGAACUAAAGUCAGAAACGAACCAAUGUCUAUCAAAACCUCAGCAACAACAGCAAUGGUAUGUGUUAGGAAUGGAGAUCCAUGCCCUGCACCCGAUAUAGCUUGGUUCAACAAGGAAAGCAGAGAAUUCGACACGUUCAUUGAAGAAAAAAAAAUUAAUAAUACCGAAUUUGUACUGAAGAAGAAAUUUCGCCUUCCAGAUUAUAUUGUAAAAUAUCUAAGUAAUCGAAUGAAGGCCAACAGAACUAUUCCAAAAGGCUGGAUAGACACUGUAGGCUUAGAUUUAACGAAACCUCUCAGCGAGCAAUUUCUACUAGCAUCCAGCGAUGCAUUGGGAUCAUUAUUUGAACACAGAUAUGGAAUGCUGAGUGUGGCAGAUAAUGAAGCAGUGAACCUAAUUCAGCUAUGGGGCAUAUAUGUGGAUCCAGUAACUUUGGACUCAUACAACGUUGCUUAUCCAGCGGGAGAAGGAAAUGGGACGUUCUCGGUUUUUUCUGCAUUUAUUAUCAGUACUGUAUUGAAAGUUUUUCAAGACAGAAGAAUACCAGUGUUCGAAUCAGAUGAUGAUCGUGAGGUAUUCUUCCUAUAUGUUUUCCUGAGAGCUCAACAAUACGCCUUCGAUUUUUUGGUUUAUUCCCGAGAAUGGAACAAUGAUAUUUCGCGACCUUCAUUGAUUGUGUACUUUGAAUAUGCAGCGGAAGAAAUUUUAAAAGCCAACUAUCUUCAGAGCACUAUUGUAAAAAUGAAGUUUUUGAAAAGAGUAACCACCAUGGCAUUUUGGAUCAAGGAUCGUUUCCAAAACUUGGCUAUAACCAUGUCGAUGUCACGAAUGUUUCCAUUUGGUUUGGUCAACGAAACACGUUCAGCUCCAAAUCGAAUUCCUUGUUGUCAUUUUAUGGACGACAGGGGUGAUCUGUCAAGGCCAUUUAUGGCUGAUGCUGGAAUCAUCAUAACAAAAGGUAGAGGCAAGAGCGAGGUUACCCAAAUAGUAACAGCGUCUGGUUCGUACCGUACGGUGGAGGCUGUUACUUUGGUUACGCUUCGAAUGCUGAUAUUUCGGGACGAUUUGGAGAAGGCAGUUCAAGCCCCUUCGUUGUACUACGAUAUUGCAUUUGGAAACAUUGUCUGUGAUAAAAAGAUACUCGAUUUGUACGGUACGAAGCUGCGUCAACAGUACAAUCUCACAUGUCAGGAAACACCUAAGAAUGUGUUUUUCUUAAACGACCGAGUGAUAAUGGCUGCACACGUUCCAGAAAUUCGGCAUCACCCAUUUCAUACUAGUCCACUCGCCGAGUUGUUCCCUCUGUCGGGAAUGGCGAGUUCGUGCCGAGCGGUCUACGUGGUCCGUCAUGCAGAACGAGAAGACAACAUCAAUCGAAACUGGAAAAAGUUAGCUGCCGUCCAAAAUUUAGCAGAUGAUAAUCCCAUGCUGAGUCAACGGGGUCGUCUUCAAGCGAAGGAGUGUGCAGCAAGGUUUAAGAAUAUUGAAAUCAGGAAUGUCUUCGCCUCUCCGUACGACAGAACCAUGGAAACGGCAUCGAUAAUUGUUGCGGACAAAGGCUUACUUGUGAAGCCAGAACCAGGAUUAUGUGAGGUUCUUCACCACUGCCUGAAUCCUCCGGGAUUUUGGGAAACAAUCAAACUAAAACAGAAGUAUCCACUAGUAGACACCAAAUACGUCCCAGUUUUCACUAAACAAUCGUUACCGAAAGAGCACUUCGCAGACAAUGCAUGUCUUCCAAGAAUCCGAACGACGGUCACUAAAAUAACGGAAAAAUACGAAGGAGACCUACUACUGGUCAAGCAACUGUAUCAAAGUUCAUUGAAGUGGAAAAAGGCAAAUUUCGAUUGGAAUUCAGUGCAGACGCUAGUCAUCUUUCUAGUCAGCGAAAUCUUAGGCCUUUCUAGAUUAAGCGGGAGUGCUUUAGGGAUAUUGGGUCUUCGUCGGUCGACGGAGACUGCCGCGUCCAUGAUCUCUGCUAUGUUGCCCUCUGUGGCGUUCCUCAUAGUUCCUGACCUAGACCACCGGGAACCCGAAUUAGACUCAGUAGACAACGCGUAA